AUGGCUGACGCAGAUGCCGGGGCUGCAGCUCAAUUUUCGGAACCCUUGGAUCUUGUCCGCCUCUCUCUCGACGAGGUCGUCUUCGUGAAACUUCGUGGAGAUCGCGAGCUCAGGGGCCGCUUACAUGCCUAUGACAGUCACUGCAAUUUGGUCCUAGGCGACGUUGAAGAAACAAUUUAUAUCGUCGAGGAGGAUGAAUCUGAGCAGGAAGUCAUUAAGACAAUCAAGAAGCAAGAAGAAAUGCUUUUCGUAAGAGGGGAUUCGGUUGUCUUGAUAUCGCCUCAGGCCCCGUCAUAG